AUGGCUGACCCGGAGGGACUCGAGGACGAUCUCUUCGCGGAUCUUUACGAUGCCGACGAAUCCACAAACCGCGCAACUUCCGCGGUCGAGGCUCCAAAGCCCGCAGAGCCUGUCCCGGCAGCAGUCCCUGCACAGCCUGUCCACGAGUCCGCCGUCCCGAGCUAUGAUCCUUCGCCCGUGGACACAUACCCCACACACGCCGCUCCCCAGCAAGACUACAAUGCAGGUGGCUAUAACGGAGCGGAUCAUGGCCAAACCCAGCACCCCGCGGUGGGACACCCGGUGGAGCAUGAGGAGCCUCGAUCAGGAACGGGAAUCAAGGAAGACGGGUAA